AUGACCCGACAAAGGAGUCUGGCCGCUUUGUCGGAAAUAAUCGAACUACAAAAGUCUCCCAAACCACUAUCCGAAUUAGAGCCCGAAAUUAAGGAAUGCUUAUCCAAGUUCUCGUUCUUGCUGGUUCUGACCUCCAACGAUGCCACAGAAAGACAAAUGCUGUCCAACUCGCUUUCGAUCUGGACUAAGAUAAAUGAAGCCAUACAGGUCUACAUGGAAAACACCGGCAAGGACCCGCAAACGACAAGAACUCCGCUGAUCUGUUAUCGCACAAGACUUAUCAGGGGUGUAAUUCUUCUUGCUAGAAACCUGAUUGUCGGGCUGCGGAGCCUGCUUUUGUACAGCGAUGCCGAGCGCGCAGACUUUUACUCCCGCAUUGGGCUCAGAAAUAAGGACAUUUCAGGGGAUUUGCUGAUACAGUCUCUCUAUGUCAACCACAGCAACAACAUCAUACCAUUGUGUUUGACGUUUCUGGAUAUGAUCAAAGAGCUCGAAGAGAGCGGUUACCCUGAAUUUGUUGACGUCUACUACAAUGCAAUGGUAGCCUGUUUUGAGUAUCUCAGCAACAUCACCAACAUCAGCACAGAGCUCAAGAAAAAUGUGACUCCGGACUACAAUGCUGAUACGCUUUUGGGAUUUCUAGCAGCACUGCCCAAUUAUUGGGAUAUGUUUGCUCGACUGAAUAUUGUCGAAACUAACCUGCUGCUCUGUGUGUUUAUUUAUUUCAGAAACCUAUUCAACGAUGACGAGCUGCUUUCGAAAAUUUUUCAUGACCAUCCGCUGGCCAUUGUAAAUCUCGUGGGGACCUGCCUUUUGAGGCUCAUGCCGUUUGUUCGCAACAAUGAGAAGUUUACUGAAGAGCAGCUCGAACAGCUGGAAAUUGUCUCACUUAGCAUGUAUGUGAACAUGGUUUCACACGAAGGACUGGGGCCUUUCCUUAUAAAGGCAGCCAAGUCUGGAAACGACGAGCAAACAAUUGUGGAGUUGCUCCGAGCAUUUCAGAUUAUUCUCACCAGCAAAGAGAAUGGCUGGGACAAACUCAAGUUGGUGAACAUCGUGGCUUGGCUUAUGGACUAUUUUAAAUUUGCGGCCCAAGAGGCUAGUGUGCUUCUUGAAAAGAAAGAACUAGAUGAGAACGAGAAGGCCAGAUUGAGCCGUUUCCACUCGCAGAUCAUAUCAGUGCUCGACAGUCUCUCGAGCCUUACGCAAUACGACGAGGUGCGCCAAAUGCUGAAUCACUACCACUUUCUAUCAGAUUUGAUACCUUUUUUCAAAGUAGUGGAACGAAACACAUUCAAGAAAAAGCUCAAAGACGAUCAGGCACCGCCUCAUGCGAAACACUUUCCUCAGGUCAAACUGAUUAUUGUGGAGAUAAUCACUGCGCUGGUGUAUGAAAACUUCGAAAACCAGGAAUUAAUGCGCAAUGUUCAUGGUUUGGAAUUGAUACUCAAUAACUGCAACUUGGACGCUCACGAACCCUUCAUCAAAGAGCGAGCUAUUUUGUGCAUUAAAUAUUUACUGCUAGAUAACCCUCGCAACCAGGAGUUUGUUGCGAAGUUGGAAGCCAAGGGGACUUCUAUCGAUCCGAAAAACGAGGCCAUUUUGGAACAGGCUGGUUUUGAGGUUAAUAUCGAGGAUGGUAAAGUCAAGCUGAAGAAGUCGACAAGACUCACAGAGCUUGAACAAUCUGCUUCCGGUUCGUAG